UGCUGAGUGUAAAUCUAGCGUAUCAAAUAUUGGCAUCCCUUAGAACGAUGAAGAACUCAAACGGCAUGAAGAACCCCACAGAUACCGUAGAUCCGAACGAAAACACCACACCGAGGCCGAAGUUGGAGACCUUCGACGAUGUCUUGCCGUACGUCGGUGAUUUUGGCAGAUAUCAGUGGCUGCUUCUAUUGGCCUUGCUUCCCUACAGCGUGGCUUACGCCACUCUAUACUUCUCGCAGUUCUUUCUCACCCUGGUGCCGCAGGAGCAUUGGUGCAAGAUAGAGGAACUGAUCCCUUUAAACCUUACGCGGGAAGAAAGAGUGAAGAUCGGCGUACCAAAAUCGCAGAAUUAUCCGUACUAUGACCAAUGCCAUCGGAGGGAUUUGGAUUUUUCCGUUAUUCUAAGUUACGGGAAGGACAUUCGUUCGGUCGAAUUGAAGGCAAACAAAUCCGUGGACUGCAGCCACUGGGAAUACAAUUUCACGCAGAUCCCGUACGCCAGUAUAGCAGCUGAGCUAGAUUGGGUAUGUGACCAGGAAUACCUCAUAUCGACGGCACAGUCGAUCUUCUUCUGCGGCUCCAUUGUCGGCGGUUUGCUCUUCGGAUGGAUCGCCGACCACAGAGGCCGGAUUCCCGCCUUGAUCCUCUGCAACGGCAUCGGGUUCCUGGCCUCGGCCGCAACUGCGAGUGCGAAUACCUUCUUGUCUUUCGCCGUCUGCAGAUUUUUUACCGGUCUGGCUUUCGACAACUGCAUCAACAUUCCGUUGAUUAUCGUGCUCGAGUACAUGGCUGUGAACAGGCGAACUCUCGUCGUUAACGUUGCCUUCGGCAUAUACUUCGCCGUUGGAAGCACAGUUCUACCAUGGAUCGCGUACUACGUCGCAAACUGGAAAUUCUUCGCCUAUGUCAGCGCGAUCCCGAUGGUGAGCGCUUUUAUCACACCAUGGAUUCUUCCCGAAAGCGCUCGGUAAAUAAAUAUUAUGCGCAUCUUCGAUUUGUUCUACUCAAUCAUUCAAAUCACACACACACAC